CCUCAGUCAAAGCCCCCCUCUCUGCCACAGGCUCCUUGCCCCUGGAUCUCAACCACAUGCCCAAGCCGGUCAAGACGGCCGAGAAGUGUUCCUUGGAUCAGUUGGAUGACACUUUCCACCCAGAGCGGUUUGUGUCCCUUUUUGAACAGAAAACAGUGAAGGGCUGGUGGCCCUGUGUGGCAGAAGAGGGUGAGAAGAAGACACUGGCGGGCAAGCUGGAGAUGACCUUGGAGAUCGUGGCGGAGAGUGAGCAUGAGGAAAGGCCCGCUGGCCAGGGUCGGGAUGAACCCAAUAUGAACCCCAAGCUUGAGGACCCCAGGCGCCCUGACACCUCCUUCCUCUGGUUCACCUCCCCGUACAAGACUAUGAAGUUUAUCCUAUGGCGGCGGUUCCGGUGCACCAUCAUCCUCUUCCUCAUCCUCUUCAUCCUGCUGCUGUUCCUAGGCAUCUUCGUCUAUGCCUUCCCGAACUAUGCUGCCAUGAAGCUGGUGAAGCCUUUCAGCUGAGGAAGCUCAACGCAGGCUGCCUCUUCUGCCCUGCUCCACUGAGCUCCUCCAGACUCCAGCCUGACUGUCCUGCCAGGGUAGGCAGAGAGACAGAUGGACAUACUCUAAGAGUUGGUAACAUUGAGCCUGGGAUCACCCUGCUUUCAUCAUU